AUGGCGGAAAAGCCUCGAUCUUGUAUUGACCGGGAAACAAAAUGUACCGCGCCUUCGGACACUGUCGACGGACAGAAAGAACGUGGAUCGGUUGAUGUACUUGGCCCGGAAGAGGAAAAGAGACUGGUGAGGAAGAUCGAUCUUCAUUUGAUGCCACUCCUCAUUAUUAGUUACGGCCUUCAGUUCCUGGACAAGACAAGUCUAUCCUACAGUGCAAUUCUAGGCUUAAAGGAGGAUCUGAACCUUGUCGGGCAAGAAUACAGUUGGGCAUCGAGUAUCUUUUACAUAGGCUAUCUCGCGGCUUCGUAUCCAAUUUCACUUGGAUUCGUCAAGUUCCCUCUGGGGAAAUACCUUAGCUUACUCAUUUUCCUCUGGGGCGCUAUCUUGACUCUCCACGCUGUUGCUAACAAUUAUGCCGGGCUGAUGGUCUUACGAACCUUCUUGGGUGUGUUUGAGAGCGCUAUCAGCCCAGGCUUCUCAUUGAUAACUGGAAUGUGGUACACACCACCAGAGCACGUCUCUCGUCACACAUUUUGGUUCGCAGGAAAUGCCAGUUUCAGCAUCAUCGGGUCGCUGAUUGCUUACGGUAUUGCGCAUUAUCAGGACCACUUCUCACAAUGGAAGAUGCUGUUUCUUAUUUUUGGCCUAAUAACCGUGGCAUGGUCGGUUGUAUUGUGGUUUUACCUGCCAGACUCUCCAUCAAAUGCACACUUCCUCUCUUCUUCUGAACGUGAAUUUGCUUCACUGCGACCGAAGAAGUUUCAACGAACAACCCAGACUAGGAAAUGGGACCGCGAUCAAUUCAUUGAAUCCUUUACGGAUCCUAAAACAUGGUGGUUACUUAUUUUCUCAUUCGUCAUCUGUGUUCCAAAUGGCGGCACGACUAGCUUUCAAUCUCUCCUGAUCGCUGGUUUUGGCUACGAUAAAUACCAAACCAUUCUUAUGGGUCUUCCCGCUUCGGCAUUUCAAUUGGUAGUCGUCUUACUAGCGACCAUAUUCUGCACGAACGUCCGCAAGUCCCGCCUAGUUGCAAUUAUCAUGAUAUUUGCUAUGGCCCUCGCGGGUAUCCUGAUGGUCAAAUUGCUUCCAUCGGAACAGAAGCUGUCCCGGCUCGCCGGUUACUGGAUGUCUUCGGCGAUCGCGCCAGUUUUCCCCCUCAUGCUUUCCCUCCACGCGAGUAACACGGCCGGAUUCACCAAAAAGUCGACCGUUGCGGCAUUGAUCUUCGUGGGGUACUGUGUUGGAAACUUGAUCGGCCCCCAGUUUUUCAAGGACUCGGAAGCACCGUACUAUCCUACUGCCUACACCACCAUCGUGAUUUGUUAUGCUAUAGCCAUGGCCUCGGCGGUUGUGUUUCGAGUCUACUUGGGGUGGGAGAAUAGGCGACGUGAUAAGCAGCAGGGAGUGCAUAUCAAUCCGGAAGAAACCCGUGAGAUUGACCUGCACACCGAUGAGGGCUUGGACCACGCCGAUGAGACGGAUAUCCAAAACCGCAGCUUUAGAUACAUUGUGUAG